CAAUUUAGAUGGCACAAAGUAGUUUACGCUAAACUGGGAGUUAAGAACUUAAUAUAGCCACAAAAACCACACACAAAAAAUUCCUUUACGUGCUCUGAUUUCUCAGAAAAACUCUCUCUCUCCUUGUUAAAACAAGCGAGACCCACAAAAUAAAACUGCCGACUUCACAACCCUGUGUGUCUGUGCGGAUGAGAAUUGAUUGAGAAACUAUGAAGAAACCGCAGGAUGGGUCCUUCAUAAAUGCCAAAUGCCACCAAAACAUCAAUAACGAUGACAACAAUGAAAACAACGAAAACAGAAGCAAGUGUAGCAGAAACAACAGCAACAACAGCAAGACUAGAAGGAGCUUCUGUGAGCUUUCCUUGUCUUCUUUGGUGUUCUCUCUUUGGUGCCUUGUCUUCUUGUUUUACUUUAAACUUGGCCUUGGCCAUGGCAAUGGCAAUGGAGGGAAUUCACCUCCUGAUAACAGGAGCACACUCUGUCCUAUUGUUAGCAAUGAUAGGCUUGGUGACCAUGCAUACUCAUAUAUCACAAAUGGAAGCAACACUCGCACAAAUGGAAUGUUGUUACAAUUUAAUAUGUCAACUCAUGGUAACAAUUCCAAUGUUCUUCAAAGAUUUGAAAAUUCCAACUGUUCACUCCCAGAGACAAUAAGACUGGAAGAAGUACUUUUGAAAGUUUUAGGUUAUGCCGCAUCAGUGUGUAAAGUACAAGCACAAAAAGAAGGAGAAAUAAUUCAAGUAGAACAACUUUCAAGUGGGAGAACUCAUAAUUCUAGCUAUCUCAAUUUUGAUGAGUUCCGAAACAUAACAAAGCAAGGAAAAGGUAAAGCCAUGCCUAGUCAGCUUGUUAACAUCACCCACCGGCUUGAACCUGAUGGAACUGAGUACAACUAUGCCUCUGCAUUUAAGGGUGCAAAGGUAGUGACUCAAAACAAAGAAGCAAAAGGAGCUAGUAACAUUUUGGGGAAGGAUCAUGACAAGUACCUGAGGAAUCCUUGUUCAGUGGCAGAGAAGUUUGUGGUAAUUGAGCUUUCAGAAGAGACUCUGGUUGAUUCUGUCAAAAUUGCAAACUUUGAACACUAUUCUUCUAAUUUCAAGGAGUUUGGUUUGUCUGGCAGUUUAAGCUAUCCAACUGAAACAUGGUCCCCUUUGGGAACUUUCCUUGCUGCUAAUGUGAAGCAUGCACAAUGCUUUAAGCUUCCUGAACCUAAAUGGGUGCGGUACUUGAAAUUAAAUUUACUUAGUCAUUAUGGUUCAGAGUUUUACUGCACACUAAGUUGUCUAGAGGUGUAUGGUGUUGAUGCAAUUGAGCGGAUGCUUGAAGAUCUCAUUGUGACUUCUGCGGAACCUGUUCCCAGCGAAUUGCCAGUGCCUAAUUCAACUGAAUUGCCUUCUAUAAAACCAGAUGUUGGUCCAGUUGACAGCAAAAGAGAUAGUGAAGUUCAAAAUGAAACUGAGACUGCUGGUGCAGGGACAGAGAGUAGCAAUGAUGCACAAAAACUCAAUGUUGUUACAACAAAUCCUUCGGUGAUUUUGAAUGGUAUUCCUGAUCCUGUAAUGGAGGUUAGACCACAGCCAAAUGGGAGGAUACCUGGCGACACUGUUCUGAAGAUUUUGAUGCAGAAGGUGAGGUCGCUUGAAUUGAAUUUAUCUGUGCUGGAGGAAUAUGUCAAAGAAUCGAGUCGAAGACAAGGAGAUAUUCUGCCAGAGAUUGACAAGGAUCUAUUGAGAAUAUUAUCUCUUAUGGAAAAAACCAAAAGAGAGAUUAAAGAUCUCUUAAGGUGGAAGGAGAACAUGGAAAAAGGAAUAACUGACCUUCAGUCAUGGAAAGCUCUUGUCUCAUCUCAAGUGAAUGCAUUGGUCAGAGAAAAUAACAUUUUAAGGUUUGAUGUUGAAAAUGUUGUAAAAAAUCAAACAAGUUUGGAAAGUAGGGAGCUUGCUGUGCUGGCAGUGAGUCUAUUAUUUGUGUGCUUUGCAAUUCUCAAGCUAGCAUCAGCACAAAUUUUCAACUUUUUUGGAGCUUGUCAGUCCGAUCAAGUUUGUGAGACAAGUCGAGGUUGGGUUUUGAUACUUAUUAGCAGUAGUAUGACCAUAUUGAUUACCUUGGUCUAUAACUAGUCCCUCAUUUUUUGUAGCUCUAGUAAAUAAAACUGUUUGCAUCUUGGGCCUCUUUGUAAUUACUGAUUCUAUAUAGAGGAUGGUCUUGUAUAAACGUUUCAUUUUGCUUUAUGCAUGACUAAGCGCUGACACUACUAAUCUUACCUGAGAAUAUAUAUAUUCAGGUAAGUCUUGUACAGGGUGUCUAUAUUGAAGCAACUGGAUAUUUGGAUGAUGUUUAUCAUGUAAUUCUUUCUUC